UUUUAUUGCGGUAUAACGUGCGGAAGAAAAAAACCGAUUACGUUAAAUUAGCGCCAAUUUGGAAUGGUUUUGGAAUGCAAUGCUUAUCUAUGGUGAUCUAAUGCUCAACGCCUGUGACAAAUUUGCAAGAGUUCAAUGUAAUAUCUGUCAUUAGUGAUGUAUGUAUAAAACAAGAGCAGAAACUGUGUCAAUGGGAAUGGCUUUGGUGCUUAUUUUCUGUUUAUAUUUAUUGCCUCAAACAUCAGGCCUCCUGUUCCAAGACAUUGGUGGCAUUCAGUGUGGCACACCUAUGUUUCAGCCAGCGUCACGUCAGGAAGUUUUAGGAAAGAGAAUCGUCGGUGGUACAGAAGCCACUCCGGGAUCUUGGCCUUGGAUGGUGAUGUUAAAGAAGAAUGGUAUUGCUAAAUGUGGAGGUAGCAUUCUAGAUAACCAAAUUGUGUUGACAGCUGCUCAUUGUCUAUUUGGUGAGACCAACCUUGCAGCAUGGUCGGUUUAUGUUGGUAAACAUCACAAGGAUAUAAAAGAUAAAACAGAAAGACAUUAUGCAAUAAAACACUUUAUACCACAUGAAAAGUUCAACAAGUUAACAUUAAUGAACGAUAUAGCUCUACUACUCUUAAAGGAACCGAUUAUCUUCACAUAUUAUGCUCGACCUAUAUGUUUACCUCUGCAAAACAGUCCAUUAACAGGGCAGUGUUUUACGACAGGAUGGGGUGAAACCAAAGGGACUGGAUAUGAUGAUGUGCUCAAAGAAAUUCAGCUUGAUCCUAAAAAGUAUGCGCUCUGUCUUCUACUUUUGAAAAAAAUUGGGAAAAUACCUCUUAGAAACAUUUUCUGUGCUGGGUAUCAGGACGCCGAUGCAUGUUAUGGAGACAGUGGUGGCCCUUACAGUUGCAAGAUCAAAGGAAGGUGGUAUAUAAAAGGUAUUGUGAGCUCCGGACCUGACUGUGGGCAGCCGGGCUGGUCAGGGAUUUAUGUCAAUGUAUCGAGGUAUAUCAGCUGGAUCAAAAAACGAAUUGCUAUAGCUAAAGCAUCAUUGGCGAUAUGAAUUGUGAGCUAUUGUUAAAUGUAAAAUAAAAGAAACGUCAGAGGUGAA